AUGGAAUUGAGCUCAUCAUCACAAUUAAGAUGUACUCGCUCACAUUCUGGAACCUCAGCUGCUGCUCCAGAAGCAGCCGGAGUCUUCGCGUUGGCACUUGAGGCUAAUCCUAAGCUGACAUGGCGUGAUCUUCAACAUCUGACGGUACUCACGUCGACGCGUAACUCACUGUUCGAUGGCCGCUGCCGCGAUCUGCCAGAUCUGGGACUAGGGGAUGACGAUCAGAAGAAAUCAAAGGGUAACUGUACCCAUUUUGAAUGGCAGAUGAAUGGAGUUGGUCUCGAAUACAACCAUUUGUUCGGAUUUGGGGUCUUGGAUGCUGCUGAAAUGGUAAUGCUUGCAAUGGUUUGGAAAACAGCACCACCACGCUAUCAUUGCACUGGAGGUACCAUCGAUACACCUCACGAAAUCCCUGAAGACGGAAAUUUGGUCCUCGAGCUCGAUACGGAUGCCUGCCUUGGCACAGCGACAGAAGUCAGAUACCUGGAACAUGUGCAAGCUGUUGUAUCAUUCAACUCGACACGAAGAGGGGAUACCACGUUGUACUUGGAGUCACCUAUGGGGACACGGUGAGU